CCGAAACCCGCUGCAUAUUUCGACUUGGCGGCCAUUAUCCUAGAACUAUGAGCAUCUACGAAGGUCAGCACAAGACGCACCCGCGCCGCCUUCAGCAGUGCCGCAUCAACCAGCAAAAGUACCGUGCGCAGGCGACCGCGGCCAUGGAGCGCCUUCACAAUCAAGUGCAGUCGCUUCUGACCGAGACCGCGCGACUCCAGGGCCGGCUCGAGUGGCUCCACCAAGCGCCGACGCGCGGCACCGUGGUCGCCCGUGCGUUCUUUGCCGCGUUCCGGCACGGCCUCGACGGCGCCACCGCCUUUGUCCAAACCCGUAUGAGCCCGACGCUGCGCUUCCAAGGCACUGGCGACCUCACGGCGUUCGUCGACCAUUGGCGCCGCUAUGCGCAGCUCGAAAUGACGGCACGCGCGAUCGAGGCGGUGUUUCUCGACGAGACGAGCGGCGAGCUCCUGCACUGCAUCGGGCAGCUGCGGUUGCACCUCGACGCCAAAAGCGUACAAGGUAUCUUUCCCAGCCUGCCGCUGACAAGCGCCGCCUACACGUCUUUGGUGACCGCCACCCUCGAGCUGCCGCUGGUUGUGCGCUUGAUCGUCCACGACGAUGUCGUGACGGCGGUCGACGUGGACAUUGGCUGGGCAUCGUGUGUCGUCCGGCGCCUGGCGUCGGCGGCGGAUGCAGCCGACGUUCUGCUUGACGUCGUGCGACCAUGAGAUGGCUGAUAGCGCCCACUCGCAUCAAGCCAGACGACGCAGCAAGGCCAACCGCCUCGCUUGCACUCGACUGCGUACUAGUACUCGUAUAUUUACCAUCACCUCACGCCAUGGAGCGUCUCGGACUUGCGUCUUUGUGGUUGAAGUGGAUUCUGACUUGACA